GCACAGCUCCCGCCCAGCUGGCGGCCGCCCCAGGCAGGCACUUCUGAGAGGAGAAGAGAAGGGAGCAAGGACCGAGGGAGGGGCGACGUACUUCCUGAACCGCCUGCACACCCUGGGUCGCGAGCUCGGCCUGCCCUGCGCCGCGAUGUCCGGAGGGUCAGCCAGGAGCCUAGCGAAGGGAAGCGCCCCCCCGGGGCCGGUCCCCCAGGGCCUGAUCCGCGUCUACAGCAUGAGGUUCUGCCCGUUCGCCCAGAGGACGCUCCUGGUCCUGAAGGCCAAGGGAAUUGGGCAUGAAAUCGUCAACAUCAACCUGAAAAAUAAGCCUGAGUGGUUCUUUACGAAGAAUCCCUUUGGUUUGGUGCCAGUUCUGGAAAACAGUCAGGGUCAACUGAUCUAUGAAUCUGCCAUUACUUGUGAGUACCUGGAUGAAGCAUAUCCAGGGAAGAAGCUGUUGCCAGAUGACCCCUAUGAGAAAGCUUGCCAAAAGAUGGUCUUUGAGUUAUUUUCUAAGGUUCCCCCUUUGGUAACAAGCUUCAUUAGAAGACAAAAUAACGAAGACGGCUCUGGCCUAAAAGAAGAAUUGCGUAAAGAAUUCAGCAAGUUAGAGGAGGUUCUGACCAAUAAGAAGACAACCUUCUUUGGUGGCAAUUCUCUUUCUAUGAUUGAUUACCUCAUCUGGCCCUGGUUUGAACGGCUCGAAGUUCUGGAGUUAAAUGAGUGUGUAGAUCACACUCCAAAACUUAAGCUCUGGAUGGCAGCCAUGAGGGAAGAUCCUGCAGUGUCGUCCCUCCUCAUUGAGGCGAAGGCCUUUCGAGGUUUCUUAGAUCUCUACCUGCAGAACAGCCCUGAGGCCUGUGAUUAUGGGCUCUGAUGGGGGCAGGAGUCAGCCAUGAAGAGAUGUCUGAUAUUUUCCUUCACAAAUAUGAGGAAAACAUGCUUUCAUUUUACCAAA